CGACACGCCGAGCUCUCCGCGGUCGACAUCACGGCCGGGGUCCUGCCCAGCUUGCGUGUCCUCUCGUGGAGCGCCUGCCUCUUCCGCUUCUUCCUCUCCGCCGCCACGCCGCAGCUGCGCGACUCGCCCCUCGCGCCAGCCCUGCCGCACAUGCAGCGCCUCUGCGAGGCACGCCACAGACCUCCGACACACCUCCGACGCACCUCCCCCACACCUCCUCCACACCUCCUCCAGACAUCCUCCACACAUCCUCCACACCUCCUCCACGCCUCCUGGGGACUAGCCUUCGAGCUCGGCGCCGACGCGGUCUGCGCGCUGCUGCAGCUAAGCGCCGAGGUGGCGGGCAUGCGGGCGCUGCUGCUGCUGCUGCGGUGGCGCAGGGGCCUGAGCGCGCACGGCGUCGUGCUCGACCUGUACCCCACCUCGUACUGGCUGCCUCCCGUCGCGCGCCAGCUGAUGCCGCACGCGCGCGUGCGCCAGCUCGAGCUGCAGGCCGAGUGCUCCGUGCUGCGGCAGCUGGUCUCUUCGCGCCUGUCCGCGUACUCGUACUACGACGAGCGCGUCGUCGCGUGGUCCGAGGUGCUGCAAGCGUACGGGAUCGGGCUCAAGGCGAUCGACACCUUUUACGGCAGGAAGCGCUUCUCGUGCGGCGGUGGCAGCACCCGCGAAGCCUUUCACGGCCUAGAGCGCUUCCCGGAGUGGGCGGUGCGCGAUGUCCGGGCACUGCCGCCUCUGCACGCCCUCGCGGGGGCCCUCCUCGAGGAGGAGGGUGAUCGAGUACAAUCUGGUGGUGGAGGCCGCUCUCUGUCUCUCUCUGUCUGGGGUGCAUGUGAGUUGUGAGCUCAGCUGGGGCGCCGGGGGUUCCCGUUCGAGCUUUCUUGCGGCAGACUCGACUCUUAA